UGUCAGUGCCAAUGCCACUGCAGGCUGCUGGCAUCUGCCACCCCGGAGGAGACAGAGGAGCCACAGCCAGGCCGGAACCCGCAGGCCGCCAGGCGCUGUGUGAGGCAAGGAAGUGGCCGGCCAGAUGGGCAGCACCAUGGAGCCCCCCGGGGGUGGGUACCUGCACCUGGGUGCUGUGACGUCCCCAGUGGGCACAGCCCGCGUGCUGCAGCUGGCCUUCGGCUGCACCACCUUCAGCCUGGUGGCCCACCGGGGCGGCUUUGCGGGCAUCCAGGGCACCUUCUGCAUGGCAGCCUGGGGCUUCUGCUUCGCCCUCUCCGUCCUGGUGCUGGCCUGCGAGUUCACCCGGCUGCACGGCUGCCUGCGCUUCUCCUGGGGCAACUUCACCGCGGCCUUCGCCAUGCUGGCCACGCUGCUGUCCGCCACGGCUGCUGUCAUCUACCCGCUGUACUUCACCCGGCUGCAGUGCCCUCCCGAGCCCGAGGGCUGUGCGGCCAGGGACUUCCGCCUGGCUGCCAGCGUCUUCGCUGGGCUCCUCUUCCUGGCCUACGCUGCGGAGGUGACCCUGACCCGGGCACGGCCGGGCCAGGUGGCCAGUUACAUGGCCACGGUGUCCGGCCUCCUGAAGAUCGUCCAGGCCUUCGUGGCCUGCAUCAUCUUUGGGGCACUGGUCCAUGACAGCCGCUACGGGCGCUACGUGGCCACCCAGUGGUGCGUGGCCGUCUACAGCCUGUGCUUCCUGGCCACGGUGGCCGUGGUGGCCCUGAGCGUGAUGGGCCACACAGGGGGCCCGGGCUGCCCCUUCGACCGCAUCGUGGUGGUGUACACCUUCCUGGCUGUGCUGCUGUACCUCAGCGCUGCGGUCAUCUGGCCUGUCUUCUGUUUCGACCCCAAGUAUGGCGAGCCCAAGCGGCCCCCCGACUGCCCGAGAGGCAGUUGCUCCUGGGACAGCCAGCUGGUGGUGGCCACCUUCACCUACGUCAAUCUGGUCCUCUAUGUCGCUGACCUCGCGUACUCCCAGAAGAUCCGCUUCGUGCCCACCUUGUAGCCCCUCAGGCAGCAGCCCGCCCACCUCUGCUCUCCGAGGUCUGGGCACCACGAGGGAGGGAGCCAGCGGAGGCUACCAGCACAGCCUCCUGGCCUUCUGGCGGCUCGGGAGGCGUGGGUGGGCAGAGAAGGGCCGGAGACCCUGAGCAGGACUCCGGAGGAGCUCCCCCGGGCAGCUCCCGGCCCUCUGUCUCUGUUGCUCCCUCUCCCUCCCUGUCUGUCUCUGUCUCUCCAUUUCUUGGCCCUCCCUGGCUCAGCGACGGUCAGUCCUUCGCGAGAAACCCCCACUUUACAAAUGGGGUCACUGAGGCUAGGAUUUAGGCAGCCUUGCAUGUCCAUCCGUGUCUGGCGCCCACCUUCGGGCUAGGUAACCUAAGUAGAGCUGAAAAAGGGACAAUUCCCAGAGGUGAGGGAAGGGGCUGGGAAGGAGGCCAGGAGAGAGCCAGAGCGGGGC